UUUCGCUGGUAACCAAAUUCAUUGAAUUCGAAGUAACCAGUAAUUAUAACGGAUUCAACAACACUAAGCGUUUGUUUUGGUAUUUAUCAAUGAAUUGUUAGUGCAAAAGAUGCACAGCAAGAGUUGUAUAAAUAUUCAUCAAAAUGACGUCGCUUGCUCGUUUAUUCGCGGUGCUAUUUUCAUUAAUAUCAAUGACGUACACAUUUUAUGUGGUUGGAAAAUUAAUGAUAUUCUUAUCAUUGCCUAAAACAGUUCCACUGGCAUCUAAAUGGAUAUUUAGUUUACUUGACAACAAAUCGCGGCUCGAGACGUCCUAUGGUCCAAUUGCACUAGACACUUUGCUUUUAAUUGGUUUUAUUUUUCAGCACAGUUUAAUGAAAUCUGAAAUACUGAAAAAAAUCUUUAAAAUAUUCAAAUUAGAGGUUUUGGAGAGAAGUAUAUAUUGCAUGACGUCAUCUCUAUGUUUACAUUAUUUAGUUAAUAAUUGGCAAUCGGCACAAUCUGUCAUACUGUGGCAAUUCAAUGUGGAAGAAAGUGCACUGCUUUGGUGGACAGUUGUAGUCAUACACACAUACGCAUGGAUUGUUAUAUAUGGGGGAAGCAUUAUUUUGGACUUACCAGAAAUUCUUGGAAUAAAGCAGACCUAUUACAAUGCGAAGAACUUAGGAACACCCAUAUCAUACAAAUCUAAUCAACUUUCCGCUUUAUACAGUCACGUACGUCAUCCGUCAUUUAUAAGCUUUUUUGUAAUUUUUUGGAUUACAAACCUCAUGAGUUUGGAUCGCUUAAUACUCUCUGUAUUACUAACAGCAUACAUGUACCUUGCUUGGUCACCCGAUAAACGUGAUUACGAAUAUCAAAAAGCACAGUUAAAUGCAAAGACGCGGGAAUUGCAAUGCAUCAGACUUAAACGAUUUUAAACUUUUUAGUUUUAUUUUAGUUGUAAUAAAUAAAUUAAAACACUAAUUU